AUGCCUCCAAGGCUCAAAUGUCCCGGCUGCAGCAAAGACACUUUUACAACGAAUCGCCAGCUCUUGAAACAUCGAGAAAAAUGUGAUCAAGACAGAGCACGGAAGGUUGUACCAGUGAAACGCCCCGGCGCUCCUGCAGCAGAUGUUUCUGGGAGCUCAAAACGCAUCCAUCUCGCUCCACGAAGCGAUCUAACAGCGCUACCAGUCGCGUCCAGCAGCGGUUCACAUAACACGGCACCGAUCGAUAUAGAUGGCGACUUGCGUAUAUCACCCAUUGAGGACAGUGUCAAUGCCAUGAUCACAGAGGACAGUAUUCUACCCGCCGCCGAAGUGCUCCGUUCUCGACGUUCCGGUCGCCCUAUACGUGCACCAAAACGCCUAAUCGACUAUGUACCGGGUCUUGAAGCCAAGAAGAUGUCUCAUAUUCCGACCCCGAACCCAAUCGAACUUCCGCAACCGCCUGCACCUCUGCCUCCCGCCUCUGAACCACUCACGCCACAGCGACCUGCUCCCAUACCUGUCACGACAACACCGAACGAACUCGGCGUCUAUCGCGUCUAUCCAAACAAGCCGUCCCACAUACCCGAGCUCGGGGCGUCCCUCGACAGUAUAUGCGAUACUCCAACACUCCAACACCCAUCGAUUGCAUCGGCAACCACGACUUCUACUGGUGGCGGUCUCUCAUCCGACCUUCCUUCCGACUCUGACAACCCUUUUGCACCGUUCGAGAACCUAGGCACAGCACUUAUGAUGUACUGGCACUAUUCGGGUCCUCGAGUCAAAUCGGGACCGGAGACGACGCGACUCAGUAAGCUGGUUCAACAUUUUCCGGCGAGCGACGUGAAGGACUUUAACUUCGCCCGUGAGAGUAAGCGCCUCGACAAGUACCUUGAGGAUAGUGCCAAUCCUCUACGCUCUGACAGCGGCUGGAUUGAUUCGUCCGUGACACUGCGAUUGCCAUGUGCAAAGGUAAAGUGGGAGUCCGAAGAAUCCGCGCCUCCUUUGAUUGUCGAGCAUAUUCGUCAUCGGAAGAUCCUCGACAUAGUUCGUGAGGUCUACGGAGACGAGGCUAUCGCUCCCACUCUGCACACUACCCCAUUCGAGCAAUAUAUACAACCAGAGGAGCCCGGUGGUCUAGACGAGCGGAUUUACGGCGAACUGUACUCUUCCCCUGCUAUGCUCGAAGCUCACGCUGCGAUCUCCUCUCUUCCGCGCCUUCCUGGCGACUCUGACUCUUGUGAAUACAUCGUCGCACCUUUGCUUCUGGGAUCGGACGCAACACAUCUAGCCCAAUUCGGCGAUGCUUCGCUGUGGCCCUUCUACCUGAGGGCUGGCGCUCAGUCAAAAUACACGCUGGGCAAGUCAUCUUCUCAUUCAUGUCAUCACCUCGCCUACAUUCCCUCGCUUCCUGAGACAUUCCAGGACACAUAUCGACAGGCCUACGGACACAGUGCCAAACCCGAAGUCCUCACGCACUGCAAGCGUGAUCUCUUCCAGCUUAUCUGGGACCUUCUCCUCGAUCCUGAGUUUCUUGAGGCAUACAAGAAUGGUAUUCUCGUCCGUUGUGGCGACGGUAUUGUUCGCCGCCUCUUCCCUCGCUUCUUCUCAUACUCUGCGGACUACCCAGAGAAAGUUCUCAUCGCAAAUAUCAAGAACCUCGGCACUUGCCCCUGCCCAAGCUGUCUCGUCAAAAAGCAAGACAUUCGGAAGGUCGGCAUGAAGUCGGAUAUGCACACCCGGCAGCAGAAGACUCGCAUCGACAACCACCCUCGCCGGGUCCAGGUCGAGCAUGCCCGCCGUGCGAUCUACGAGUCUGGAGUGCCAGUCAACGCUGCCAGCAUAGAUGAGAUAAUGCAAUAUUCUACCGUUCCUAUCCGUAACGCAUUUUCCAAGCUCGACCAACUCGACCUCCUCGAACAGUUUAAUUAUUAUGUUCUCUUACUAGUCGACCUUCUACACGAGUUUGAACUCGGUGUCUGGAAGGCAAUAUUCACUCAUUUAAUUCGUAUCAUCCUCGCUCUCAAGGAAGGAAAGGAGGAUAUCCUGAAUGAACGUUACCGACAGGUGCCUACUUUUGGUCGUGAUACGAUACGGCGUUUUCAUCGAAACGCGUCCCUCAUGAAGAAGCUUGCCGCGCGGGAUUUUGAGGAUCUUUUACAGUGCGCCAUCCCAGUCUUUGAGGGCCUUUUCCCCGACGAACACGACAAAACUAUCUCUGACCUCCUUUUCGACCUUUCAUCAUGGCAUGCAUACGGAAAAAUGCGCCUUCAUCUAACGUCUACCUUAGCAGAGUUCGACAACAUCUGCAUCGAGGCUGGGAACUCGCUGCGAAAGUUCACAGACAAAACCUGCACUUAUUUCACAACAUUCGAGCUGCCACGAGAGGCUAGAGCCCGGGCGAGACGCGAGCUUCGAAUAGCAGAACGCGCCGCCGCCGCCACGAAUACCACCUCCGACUACUCGACAACUACUGUCACUACGACUCAGCCUGCGCCACCACCCACCGUCGCCACAUCCAAACCCAAACCGUUCAAUCUAUGUACCUACAAGACACACAGACUAGCUGACUACCCUGAUGCUAUACGAUAUAUCGGAACUACGGAUAUUUAUAGCACACAAUGGGUAGAAGUGGCACAUCCUAUUUCAAAGCAACGAUUCCAACGGACCAGCAAGAACAAUUUUGAGAAGCAGCUAGCUCAGCAUGAAGCCCGUGAACGAUUCAUGCGGCGCCUGUACGCGAACAUAAUCAAGGAGCACCCUGAGAUCGCGGGUGCUGAUGUAGAACGCAGUGUAGAACGCGAAACCGGCGACGAAGACCCCGCCUCCCAACAAGUCAAGACAACCAAACGUCGUCGCAAGCGCAAUUCAAGAACCGACGAGCCUCUUCCGUACACAAACCCGGAGGAUCAUCACCACAUUGCGCAAUCUCAAAGGGAUGUCGUCGAGCUCGAUACCUGGCUAGAUGCACAUGGUGGUACUGAUCCCGCCCUCAAGGACUUCGCUAUCCGUUUCAUAGAUCAUGCAUAUGCACGGCUUAUGGGCAUCGAGGAGCGUGAGUUCUCACCUGAAGAGCGCGAUAACAUCGAAAUCCAGAAAAACCGCUUCUAUCGCCACCGUCGUCUUCGCAUCAAUUACACCACCUACGACGUUCGUAGAGCUCAGGACUCCAUCAAUCCUCGAAAGCGUCGCGAUAUCAUGGUGCUUUCGAACGACGAGCGGGAUGGCGCACAUCCAUAUUGGUAUGCACGCGUCAUUUGCGUGUUUCAUUGCAUGCUACGCCACCGUGGCCUUAACGGCGAAGCGGGGGACUGGCAGCGUUUCGAGUUCCUGUGGGUCCGUUGGUAUACCGAUCCCGUCAACGACUACGGCUGGGUGAGGAAACGCCUUCCUCGUCUCCGCUUCGUCCACGAAGAUGUACCGGAUGCCUUUGGCUUCGUCAACCCGGCUGAUGUUGUCCGCGGCGCACACAUCAUUCCUGCGUACCACUAUGGCCGUACAUCCACACUCCUCGCCAGUCCUUCACUCGCUCGCUCCCAUGGCAAGAACAUCGAGGACGAGGAGGACGAUUGGGACUCCAUGUACGUGAAUAUGUUCGUUGAUCGAGAUAUGGUUAUGCGUUUCCGCGGCGGUGGUGUAGGGCACAGGAGCACUAGUUCAUGCAACGAAAGCCUUCGACUCGAUGUCCCGGCAGCCGGUGCAUUGUGGCAGGAUGAUGAAGGAGCCGAGGAAGUCGGAGUCGUACCGGAAGCGGUUGGGGAAGACAUUCCAGGAGAAAAUGAAGAGGGUGAGGAAGAGGACAACGAGAGCGACUCAGACGAAGAGGAUUCUGACGAUGACGAGGAUUCCGAUGACGAAGGAGGGUCAGGCGAAGAGCCGGACGACGGCGACAUCCUAGCAGCCGCCGGUUUUGACUCAUACUAG